AUGGAUUAUAACAUAGAAAGAGAAAACAAUAUAAUUACAAAUAUAGCAAAAGAAAUUGUUAAAUUGAAAUUGUUAAAUCCGAAGAAUGGAUUCACUGCAUCUGAAGUGAUGCCGCGAAGUUUAACACAGCAACUAGUUAUGCUAAUUGUGGAGGAGUUAAAGCAAAAUACCCCUGCAAUGAAUUGCCUUCGAAUGCAAGUUUACUGGAGCACAGUCAAUCUUAAUUUGACGAAACUUAAAACUGAAUAUGCAGAACUUCAAACGGAAAAAGCUGAAAGUCUUUUAAGUGAAAUUUUACUUUUGGAUAAAGAAGAUACAAAUGCUUUAUUUAAGAGCUUAGCAUCAUAUAUUUUGGUAGUUCAAAAUCUAGGAUCUAUAACUCAUUUGUCAGCAAUGCGAGAAACUAUGGCCGCUAUUCAUAGCGUUUUUAAAAACCGGCAUUUAAUUGCAUUUUUAAAUGAUUCUGAAGAACAAAAAAUUGUUAAGAUUAAAGACUUAUGCAAAAAAGUCACUGGUAUAAGACUAUUUUUAAAAUCCGUUAAUAAAGCCGGAGAAGGAAUAGAGGACAUAAAAAAUUUGCCAAUGGUAAUUGAAGAACAGAAAGAAACAAUUCUUAAUAUGAGUGAUAAAAUUGCAACGAGAAUAGAAGAUAUACAAUAUGUAAUUCCAAAUAUAAUAAAUCUCGACUAUUUAUUCAAAGACGUAAACGACACGGCCGAUGUUAACCUUCCUUCGGAUUUUGACGAAAACGAUUUAAAAUAUUUAAAACAAAUUUAUACAAUAAUGCUCCAACAUGAUAUAUACAUAAAGAGCAAAAUUGAAGAAAUCGAUGGCGAUGUCAGCUAUUAUUUAAAUAAAUUCAAUGAAAUAUUAGAAAGACUUCAAAUGACGAUACAGGAAAGAGACACGAUACCAGUUACAGAAAUUUAUGAUGAUUUUACCCGAGCCGGAGAAAUUUGGACACAAAUUUAUUCUUACACUUACUGUUUAGAAGCAAUACAAUCGGUGGCAAAAACAUUGGAGGACAUAAAUAGUUUUAACGGUUUUUGUGCAUGGACUCUUUUCUUCGCUGAAGGUUAUUUACUUCCUGGAUCUCCUUCUGCCGGAUAUUAUCAAUAUAACGAUCAGUAUUAUGCCUUUGCAACAAAAUCAGGUCAAGAAAUGUGGAGCAAAGAUCCUAAUUAUUACCUAAUUAGAAUUUAUGAAUUUUUGCGAUUGAAUACGGAAUUGGUUGGCCUCCUGAACGCUUAUGAAACUUUAUACAACACAAAAUCUCUUCAAACUGAAAGGAAAACUGGUAAAAAAGUAGUCAUUCGAACAGAAAACACUCAGACAAUUUUACAUCCAAUUCCAAAACAUUGGGAUAAAGAUUAUACAUUCAGCGAAUGGGAAUUGAAAAAAAGAGCUCUGACAUUAUCCAGAUUGAUUAAAUGUGUCACAAAAUCAGUGCAAACAGUUAACCAUUCUCAUUUUCGAUCUUCUAUUGGUCUUACAGCAGCCCCAGAUAAAGAUAAAGAUGUUCAAACAAUGAGAGAUAGUUCUUGUGUUCAUUCAACAAUAUCUGCAUAUCUUUAUGGUCUUAGAGGUCAUAAAGAAAAUAAAUUUAGAACAAUAACUCUUACAAGACCAGUAGAAGAAGACUGCCAAAGAAUAAUAAUUUCACAGAAAAGUAAAUCAAGGACAAAAAACGAUGAAAAAAAAGUUAGCGAAGAAAUUAGUGAUAAAUUGGAACCUAGUAAACAAGAUGUUUUAUAUACAAUUGACAGUAAAAGUUUUACUGAAAGUAAGAAGAGUAUUUUAAAUAGUACUGAAGAAACUUUAAAAUAA